UUUCAGCACGAAAGCAGUGACCACUAAUGUUUGGGUGGGCGGUGGCGCGAUGCGAGAGGAGGACCUGGAGGUGGCCCUCAAGGUGGUGAUCGUGGGCGACGGCGGCGUGGGCAAGUCCAGCAUGAUCCAGCGGUACUGCCGCGGCACCUUCACCAGGGACUACAAGAAGACUAUUGGAGUCGACUUCUUAGAAAGACAGAUUGAGAUCGACGGCGAGGAAGUCCGAUUGAUGCUAUGGGACACGGCGGGACAGGAGGAGUUCGAUGCCAUCACGAAGGCGUACUACCGCGGCGCACACGCAUGCGUGCUCGCCUUCAGCACCACGGACCGAGACUCCUUCCUCUCACUACAUUCAUGGAAACUCAAGGUAGAGAAUGAGUGCGGGGAGAUACCCACGAUCAUAGUUCAAAAUAAAAUUGAUUUAAUGGAUCAAUGCGUCGUUGGACCAGAUGAAGCUGAGCUAGUAGCAAGAGCACUGGGCUGUCGGUUAAUGCGUGCGUCAGUAAAAGAAGACGUUAAUGUUGGAGCUGUGUUCAGAGCUUUAGCUGCACGGUGUCUGUCAGAUAUGCGGCGUGAUGAUGCCGACACAAUGCCGCCGUGCCAACAACCCGUCAUAGGAACAUUUACAAACCACAACAGUAACGGUACAAUCCUGCUGCGGCCAACGAAACAUCGGCCGGGCGGCAAAAAGAAGAAUGUCCUAAGAAACGCUUGCAGACUACUGUGA